AUGUCUUCACGAAAAUUUGAGAAAGCAGAAAGACUCUAUCCUUCCUUAGCUCCAAUAUUACAUAGUAAUAAAAAGGAAAAUACGUACACUGGUACUCCUUCAUUACUUGUCGCGUACCAACCACCGACAAACUCGCGAAAGAAAAUAGGUGUAAAGCGUUCCAUUAAGAAAGAACCACGUUUUAUCCCUUUCUGGAGAAAGGAAAGUUUGUGGCUGUUCUUAUACCUGCUGCUGUUUGUCUUGUACUUACUGCUUUAUUGGAGACCAAAUAUUAAGUUUGGUUUCUGUGAUAGCGGAGAAUAUAAAAGCGAAGAUUUCUCAUAUUAUCUUGGUGUUUCUUGUACGAAUUGUCCUCCUCAUGCAACUUGCAGUGAUGGAAAAUUGAUUAAAUGUGAUUAUGGUUAUAAGAUCGAUAUGUCACAUCCUCUUCUUCAAAGUUUAUAUCCUACUUCACAAAGAUGUGUACAUGAUAAACAACAACCUCAACGUGUUCGGGAGAUAAUUGAUAGUAUAGAUAAUACUCUUUCGUCGGAAGCUGGAAAAUUAGAGUGUAAAGGAGUGACUGGCGAGAAUAAGUUUAACUUAAAUGUUUUAAAACUUUUAUUGGAAAAAAGAUUGAGAUUUCAAGAAAUCGAUUGGCAACCAGCAAUAGAAGAAUUAAGUAAAACUCGCAAUGGAGUUGAUUUUUUCGAAGAGGGAGAGAAAAACGAAGAUCAAGAGUACGUAAUACAAAUGGCGAGAUAUUUAUACGGAUGUUUAAACCAGAAUUCAAAAGAAGAACGGCCAUUAAUUCUCUUUGAAGCAAAUCAAAAUUGCUUUGAUCAUUAUGGACUACCAAAUAAUCGAUUUAAUCAAAUAUGGCCAAAGGCAGUGCAAGAAUUCAAAACUUUUCCUAAUGUACAAGAAAGAUAUGUUGGCGAAGAUUUAGGUUUUGUAUUACUUGCUGAGUGA